ACCGAUGAGGUUGGCGCCCUGUUUCCACGUCGCCUCCACCGUCGGGGAGGGGGACCAAGAUGGCGGCGGCGGAGGGCAGCGGGGCUGGGGGCGCUGCAAAGCCCCUGUUUGCAGGUCUCUCUGAUGUGUCAAUAUCUGAAGAUAUCCCAGUGGAAGGGGAGAUCACAGUUCCUGUUGGAUCUUGCUCCCCUGAUGAAGACUACUCCACACUGGACGAGCCUGUUAGGGAUACCAUUAUGCGAGAUCUAAAGGCAGUUGGGAAGAAAUUUGUGCAUGUCAUGUAUCCCAAAAAAAGCAGCGCACUCCUCAGAGACUGGGAUCUUUGGGGCCCCUUAGUGCUUUGUGUCUCACUUGCACUGAUGCUUCAGGGAGGGUCAGCAGAUAGUAAAGAAGAUGGAGGUCCCCAGUUUGCUGAGGUCUUUGUUAUCAUCUGGUUUGGAGCAGUUGUAAUUACGCUAAACUCAAAACUGCUUGGAGGAACCAUAUCUUUUUUUCAGAGUCUGUGUGUCCUGGGUUACUGUGUCCUGCCCCUGACAGUGGCUAUGCUGGUAUGCAGGCUGGUACUACUAGCAGGUUCUGGCACUGUUAGCUUCAUUGUCCGACUUAUUGUAGUGAUGGCUAUGUUUGCCUGGUCAACACUAGCAUCAACAGCCUUCCUGGCAGACAGCCAACCUCCAAAUCGCAAAGCUUUGGUCAUUUACCCCAUAUUCCUCUUCUACUUUGUCAUAAGUUGGAUGAUUCUUACUUUUACAGCUCAGUGAUGGUGGAUCAGCAGAGACUGCACACUACAGAACUGAAGAUUUUCUUGACUGAUGCAAUGAAUUGUGGGCUUCAUCUGUCUGUAAUUUAUUUUUGUUGCUUACUGUAAAAAGGCAGAUGAUGGGGUAAUGCCAGAGAGCAGCAAAUUCGUCACUUUUUUUGUCUCGUUCUUAAAAGAAGCCAGUUGCUUGAAAGAUGCUGAAGUCGAGCUACUGGGUUUUAAUUUAAUCCUGCUGUUUUAGUAUAAAUAUCAAAGUAGAAAAGGCCCACUGCGAGAAGAGGCUGUCCUGCCUGAGGGAGAGGGCAGUUCUUGAACAUGAAAACAUUAAAAUUGCAUCUUGGAACGUCGAGGAGGCUGAUAAUUGAAGAGUAGGUGACAGAAUUACCUACAUUAGCAGAAUUUCCAUUUAUGCUUGGAAUUCUUUUUAAAACUGAAUAUUGCCUUAUGAAUGCUAGAACGUAUUUGCUGAUUCAUGCUGGAUGGGGAAGAAAUGUGUGGAUCUUGUCUGUUUCUUUUCCUUGAUGUACAGAGUUGAACUCUAUAUAAGGUGGCCAUGAUGAACCCAUCAUUCACUGUCAGACCUGACUUCAGUUCUUGGCAAAAAUACAUAUUUAGUCUAUGCCAUUUCUUUGUCAUUCCAUGUUUGAAGGGAACUGCUUCUGAUCAUCUGAAUGCAAACUCCUCUUGUACACUUACACACUUCAGCCAGUUUUGUGUGUUUUGGGAACUGUGUAUUAGCUCAAUAUAUUGAGUAUGGUGUGACACUAGUUGAACCACAUGUCUCAGGAUGGGGAGAAUGUUUGUUUAUGCCGGAUAGUUACUACUUCUCUCUUGCGACCCAAGAGCUGAAUGAGUGGGAGCCCGGGAGGAAGACUUUUUUGGACUUCACUUUGAAGGUGACUGCAGUGAUUGUCAAGCCGUCGAUUUUGCAAAUGUUGAGCACAGUCUUGAGCAGUUAGAGAUUUGUGUACCACAGCUGCUGGGAAUUCCUUCUGAGUAAAUGAGGUUUUUGGUACAGGAGACAUUUGAACAGCAGCAUCCAAACAGUAGACUCAAAUAUGCUUAAACGUUCUGGGGGAAGGGCAAUGAAUUACGUCCCUGAUGAAGGCAGUGGCUGCUCAGAAUUAAUAUGUGGAUGCACUAAGCAGCUAGAGUCUGUAACUUUUGUUUGGUUGUUUACAUGGGUAGCACUUCCACAGAAAUGCCUGUGUUUGCUUACAGCUCCUCUUUCUGCUGAGGGGAAAUUUAAGAUUUUUUUUUUUCUAUAGAUUUAGACAGAGUAUUUAUUAAAAAGGGGAAAUUGUUCUUCAGAUAUGCACCCUUUCCUCCUUUAAACCUUGCAGACAUACAGUUGUUGGGCUUUAGCGUGAAGAUGAAGUCCUGCAUAGUUGCUUGUGGAGAAAAGUACAGAAGUUUAAAGUUGCAUACUUUUUGAGCAAGCAACGUGAGGAGAGCUGCACAGCAUUGAGUUCUGGUAGGGGGAAGGAAGUUGCUGUUGAAAUGUACAGUCUAUUCUAAUGUUUGAUAUACCAUGUUUCAUGCUUUCCAAUGUAGUAAUAUGUGCAUAUAGAUUGAUUAGUCAGAUCAUACCCAGAUGUAAAUGUAUCUAGUUUUAUAUUUAAAUACAAAAAUGCAGUUCUUUUUGUAAACACUAAUAUGGUAUGGAUUCGGGAUCCUAUGUAAUUUAACAUGUGUAGAUUAAGAAUCCAAAUGGAAAGGGGGAAGAAAACAAAAAAUCAGUUACUCCCUACGCUGUCUCUUCUAUUCUGCCAACUGACAUAAAUGGGUUUGUACAGAUCUGACUUCUACACAGAUGUACAGUGGAAGAGACAAUAAGUGGCAAGUGUCUGUCUCAACUACUGAAGAUGGAACCAGGGUAUUAAUACACUUAGGUACAAAAUUCAGAUUGGGUAUUUUGGAGCAGAGAGAAAUUGUUACCAAUGUGAAAUUGCUUUAAAAAAACAACAGUGCUGUUUCUCUUCAGCCAAUUCAAAUAAACUGUACUUUAAAAUGCUAAAAACAAAUAUUUUGGGAAAGCGAAGAAUUGCAAAUAUAUUAGAUCAUUACAGUUGGAGUAUAUGUUACAUACUCAGCAAACCUCCCUAUUGACCUUAAUAUGAAAAUUGUUGGUAAGAAUAUGCACUACUACAGGAUCAACCCUUGGUUGUGCAGUUUCCAUAAGAUUCCACAAGAUCUGCAAGAUUUGAUUUCCAAUGUAUGUCUUAUGACUCAAUCUUAGAUACAGUGCUAUUAUUUUUUUAAGGAAAUUAAUGUAAAAUGUAUCAAUCUCCUUGAGAAGAAAGGCAAAAGUCUGGAAAGUAUUUUGAAUUGAAUCUGGAAACAUGAUUAGAUGUGUGACUUCUCCUCCCGCAGUCUCAUGCCCAUUUUGUUUUGUUUUCUUACAGAUUUCAGUGUGGGUGGUUCUGUGUGAAUGAUUAUCUUGCUUUUGGCUUAUGAAUGAGGCAAAACACUUUUAUUUUUAUGUUAACUUGAUUUAAUUUAAAGAUGGCCACUACAGAGCUUGUAGUGUAGAGGAUUUUAAUGUAUUAAGGGGUAUGGAGAAAUAGUCUGGUUAUAGGAUGAAAGUGAUUUUUUUUUUUUUUUUUUUUUUUUAACUUGCUGCAUUGAUUCCUGGAGUGGAAAUCUAUAUUUUUCCAAAGUAGUAAAAUCUUCCAGUUACUCGCUUGGAAAACAUAACUUCCCAUAGAGUCUUUAGCAGUGUAUAGCAGGAUGUAGGUGGGGAUUGCAGAUAUCCUGAAAUUUCUUGCUUCCAGUUGUGAAAAGUUACACAUUUUGUAUUAAAACAGCACUGCUUCCUGAAACAGAACAAAGGAACACAAUGUGUUACCACUCUCAGCCAGGAAUUCCAGUUGUUACAGUUCAUUGUCACAGUAAAUUACCCCAUUCACUUUCUAUUUGUGUCAGCCCCAACUGAUACCAAUAUAUUUGAAGUGUGCAAUACACUUCAUUUAAAGAAAAAAAUUCUUAUAUACCAUUAUUGGUUCUGAAAAAGCUUUGUGGGCCUAGCUCAAUUUCUUAGUUAGAGGAGGAAGGCAGAUAUUUUCAUUUGAAACAUCUAACACUUUUUGUAAACAAACCAUUACCUCUUUAAAAGAUGCAGAGGGCAGACAGCCCUGAAAAAGGGCAUUAGGUUGUAUGGUUUGAAUGGUUACACAGCCAGGCCUUUGCAGUUUGCUCUUUUCUAUUUCAUUUAAUAAAAAAAAAAAUCUAAAACUUUUUUUUUCUAUGAUAUUUUGUGAAGUGUGAACUUGAGGGCUCAAUGUAUAUCAAAGAUAUUGCUAUAGCACAAGGAUGCCUUGUAUUUUAGCUUGAUUGUGUCUAAAUUGUAUGUAUUCUAGAGUGAUUUCUCAUCCCUAACAUCUGAAUUUCUCUUGGCUUCUGUGGUUAAACUAUGCCAAAGAUAUUUAUGGCUAAUAUUAAGUACUUUCUAUUGACAGAAUAUGUUCAUGCUAAUAUGUGGACUAGUAAAGAACAAGGUUGCAGAUGUUUACUUGACCAGUAGGCGGGACUUGCAUUUGUAUAUUUUGGAAGGCAUAGCUCACACCACAGAGGGACUAAAAUGCAGCAAAUUUCUCCUGUGAUAGAUCUGAGGAUACAAUUAAAGUCAGUAGUAACUGGAAAAUGACACUUUGUUUUGCAAGCCUUUUACCUGUUUCUUAAAGUAAUAGUGGUUAAGAGCAUUGUGCCAUGGCACGUUGUGUACAGUUAGCUUGCUGCUCUUAGGUGUUAUUCCCUCAGCAAUUUGAGGGGAAUUAUGAUUUUAAAACAGAAAAGCUAACUGUGAAACCACAAAAGGGGCCAGUGUAACACUUCUAAUUACUUCAGCCAUUAGAAACUAACGAGAAGUCAAGCUUAACUGUCUUUCUCAAAUUGUAGCACUGUAUGGAAGGCCUACUUGGCUGAGUGGUUCUAAAUCCAACAUGACAAGAUGAGCGUAAUAUAUGCCCAUUGUAAGGUUUAUUUCUUUUGUAUGCCUCCAAAAGGAUACAGGUUAGUCCAUAUAAGCACUAAUAUCUCUCUCUCUCUCUCUCUCUAUCUCGAUUUUUAUAUAUUAGUGCUUAUGUGGACUAACCUGUAUAUAAAUGCAGAGGAGACUGCAUUUUCAAAUCCUAAAUAUAGACAUUGUAUAUAAGUGCAAAGGGGACCCAUGUGCAAGUGUGUGUGCGUCUCUUCUGUAUUCAAGGGGAAAAGCAAGCCAGCUCUCUUCUGUUUUUUAAAGUGGGGAGGGCUGCAGGGGGAAGAGCAGACUUCUUGCCUUAAUAGCAAGUGUAACUUUUUUCUGCAGAGGAGCCAGAUAAUCUUCUAAGGCAUGAACCAAGUUUCUCCCCCCCCCCCCCCCCCCCCCCCCCCCCCCGUUAUUUUUUGUCUCAUUGCUGUAUGUCUUAAAUUCCUUUGAACCUGAAUUUUAAUAUUGAACUGCUGUUGUGUAUAUAUAUCAGACCUGUGAAAAGGUAAAGAUGUACAUUAUUUGUUAACUUUAAAAUUUAUAAAUUAAAAUACUAAAAAGGA